UAUUACUUUAAUUUAAGAGAAGUAGGGUCGUAGAGUCUUUUCACAUAACAUGGAGCGCUGGUUUGUGGAACUCGAGGCAGGAAUUUGUUUUCGAAUAUGUUUAACCAAUCGAUGAGACAGAACGGCAGGGGUCACGUUCGCUGCAAGGCUGUCUUGCAGUCUGCUGUGGAUUUGGCAGCUCCGAUGAUGGAGGGCAGCGCUUGGCUGCCGCUGUGGCUUUCCAUUUCGGUCUGGGACGAGAGCUUCUGGCUUCCCCACAACGUCAGCAGGGCACAGCUGGAAGAUUCGCAGAACCCGGUCUACCCCCGGCUCAAAGAUCUGUACUUUAUUCUGCCCUGGACCUGGGCGAUCUACGUGUUGAGGCUGCUCUUUGAAAGGUUUAUUGCAACACCAUUUGCUAAGUUCCUUGGAGUAGACUGUAGGCCAAUCCAGAAGGCUCAGCAAAACAUUGUUCUGGAAAAAGUGUUCAAAGAUAUAACUACGGAACCUGGUAAAAGUCACCUGAAUCGUUUGGCAAAGCAGCUGGAUUGGGAUACAAAGAAAGUGAUACAAUGGUUCAAGCUGCGGCGAUACCAGGACAGACCAAGUCAGCUGACAAAGUUCUGCGAGAGCAUGUGGAAGUUCACUUUCUAUCUAUGGGCCUUUUCAUUCAGUUUUUAUUACCUGUCAAAGAGUUCCUGGCUGUGGGAUAGCAGAGAGUGCUGGUACAACUAUCCCUUUCAUGAACUUUCAUUCGAAGUCUACAUACAUUACAUGAUGGAAUUUGCUUUCUAUGGGUCCCUGAUAUUUUCACAGUUUUUUGAUGUUAAAAGAAAGGAUUUUGUUGUCAUGUGUAUCCAUCAUCACGUCACCAUUCUACUGCUUACAAUCGCUUAUGUUGCUAACAUGACACGGGCAGGGACCAUUAUUCUCCUCUUGCAUGAUGCAGCUGACAUUGUUUUAGAGCUGGCUAAAAUGGCAAACUAUGCUAAAUGGCAAAAGCUCUGCAACAUCUUCUUCUUGAUGUUUGCUGUGGUUUUCAUCGUGACGCGUCUGGUAAUAUACCCCAUCAUGAGCAUCAGAUCUGUGUUUUUUGAAAGCUGGGAGAUCAUAGGACCAUACAAAAUCUGGGGCUUUAUAAAUCUUCUUCUCAUCACACUACUGGUUAUGCACAUCUACUGGUCCCAUCUAAUCAUCCGUAUGGUGCUUAAAGCAUUUCAUAAAGGAAAGGUAUCUAAAGAUGAUCGGAGUGAUGUGGACAGCAGCUCCGAGGAUGAGGAUCAAUCUGAACAAAAUGCCCAUGCAAAAACAUCAUAACAGCCUUUUAAAGUGACUGACCAGGAAAUUUCAGUUUCUCAGGAUGCAAGUCCAAACUGCAAAAGAAACAGGAAGCUUUUUAUUUAAAGAAAAAAACUUGUUCUCUGCUACGUGAAAAUGUGCAUUUUUGUCAUAAUUGGCUGAAAAUUAUUCCUUGUGGACUGUUUACAUAAAUUUAUCAAAAAAUAUAAUAAUGAUAUUUGCUAGUUCAGAGUAUUAUACUGCACUACUAAGGCCCAAAUUAUGAUAACAAGACAAUUGUGAGGAUAUUUUAGCAUGAGUGGAACUCUUUGACUUCAUUUCUAAAAUAAACUUUAUAGGCAUGCAAUUUUUAAACAACAUAACCGAGCUUUGUCAUUUGGGUAGAGUAAAUUUGUGUUUUGAAAUUAAAGUUUUACAUCAGAAAUAAAUCAUUUCAAGACGAAACAAAUGGUCUUGAUGCCCUGUUGCACUGAGUAGGGCAGGGAUACAGUCAAGGUUCCUAGUCCUGAUCACAAUCCCCAACUCCAGCCUGAAAGUGUAUUUGUGUAGAUGUUGGAUGAGAAGGAUAUGAAUUUGCUCUCCUGUCAGAAUUUGAACUGGCAUCCGACACUCAGCUGUUUAAAUUCACUAAUGGAAGAGUGGUCGCUUACAAAACAAAAGUGUAAUCAAUGUCUAUGUUCCAACAUGACUCACAUCCUUCAGACAAAGAAUUAAAUAUUUUUCUACACUUACAA